GAUGACCGUUAUUUUCUGAGUGGAUCUUUGGAUGGGAAGCUACGACUGUGGAAUAUUCCUGAUAAGAAAGUUGCUCUCUGGAAUGAACUGGAAGGAGCAGGUUUGUUUCUAUAGCUUUGGUAAAUUUUACACCCAGAAACCCUCAUCAGCAUCACUUAUCCACAUUUCUAUCAUUUUUGUUCCAACAUGCAUUUUCCGACAAUGCCUGGGAACGAGGAUCUUACUAUAUAUACCGUACAGUACUUCAUUAAAAAAAUCAUCAACGGCUAAUUUGCGCAGUAAUUGAGCGUGCAGUUAGUGGUUUUACAUGUAUGGACAAUACAACUGAGAUGGAGGGUCAACCUCAGACUUGUUGAUACUUCUAGGAGCUAGAAAAUUAAACUCUGGUUUCCAGAGCAUUUUCCUUUCCUUGCAUUUUCAGAAAAGACUCCUUAUUAAUUUUUCCAUAUGUUUGCUUUAUCAGGGAGUCAUUUAAUCACAGCUGCAAACUUCUGUAUGAACGGAAAAUUUGCUGUCAUUGGAACAUAUGAUGGACGAUGUAUAUUUUAUGAGACUGAGGUGAGUUUGUAGGUUUGAUUGGUGAAUAUAACAAUACGUGUGUUUGGAAAAUUUGUUUUUUAAUAUUUUAUUCAAAUAUUAUUUGUACUGAUGAAAAUCUUGGCUGGCGGAUCGAGCGCUUUCCCAAAUUGAAAAUCAGCGGUGUUUUUACAACGCUAAUUAUUAUGGAUUUUCUUACCAGUUAAAUAAAUAAUGGUGUCGUUUAGCAGUUUACAAUGUUUAUGUAAAUAAUUAUUUUCUGGUGCCACUUAUGAAGGUUAAUUUCAAAUGUAUUGACAUUUCUGCGUGAGGACGAGUAUAAAUAAUGCUAAAUGUUUCGAUUACAUGUAUAAUGUAUUACUAUUAAUGCACCAAUUCGUUAAGCGAAUAUUCUAGGACAAUUAAGAAAACAACUAUGACACACACAAUGUUGUGGGAGAAGGGUUGUCUGCUCCAAACACAGAGUCAAUACAUAUAUAUAGUCAAGGCUGGAAAAAAGUUUAUUUUUCUGGGACCACCAUUUUUCAGUGAACGUAUAUUGAUAGAGAAUCAAAUUGAAUGUUUAGCAUCUCAAGUAUUACACACAGUGGCAAAUUCGAUCAACAAGGAAAAAGCAAGGACGAAAGAUAAGCGGGAUUGAGCCGAUGCCGGGAGAAGAUAAGGUUGGUCGUUGAUUAUUUGUAAGAUUCUAUGUACUACUUAUCUGUAAUCUUGGUUUUCAAGCGUUGUUUUUUCAUUCACUCGUAACGUUAUAUAUUUCAGAUUCUAAUCACGUCCAAUGACUCUCGAAUACGUCUGUAUAGUUUGAAAGAUCAUUCCUUACAUUGCAAGUAUAAAGGUUUUACAAAUUCUAGCAGUCAAAUCAAGGGAAGUUUCAGGUUAGUGUAGCUGUUUGUCGUCACUCACUAAAUUGUUUGGAAAUUAAGCAUAAAACAGUUCUGCGCGAGUUACAUAGUUAUCCUCGUUAAAGAUGAGCCAAAAUGUAAAAGUCAUUUAUACGGCAAUCGUAAAACUUGUAAUUAAGUUUUUUUACACUACUUGCUUAAUUAAAAUUAUUCACAACUUUGCACGUCUAGUUUAGUUAGGAAUGUUAAUUAAAUUCUUACCAAAAAAAUUAGACUGCAAGUACGCAAUACUGAUGUCAAUAUACACACUUGAUGUAUGCUCCCGAGAACAAAACAUCACCAACACCGCGGGCAAACGUUAUUUACUGUUUAUAUUCAAAAGACUGGAAAUAAUGUUGUUUCACGAAGCUCUAGCAAAAGAUUUAAAGUGCCUGUAUCACUUGUGGGACCUUUAUUGAUUUAAAAAGAGCGUAAAAAGUUAGUUAAUAAGUUCAAAAGAUUUUUUUGUUCCUGGGACUCAGGAACAGUCCGUUGUUUAAAGGCCUAUAACUACAAUGUACGUCAGUAUAACUACGUUAGCCUGCGUAGCAGGCGCUAUUUUAGGGGGGAGGACGAGGGUGGGAGAAGCUAGGAGGGGGGAGGCGAAGGCGAUAGAAAGGGAGCGAGGAAAAAAACCCAAUAGUCAUUGAAAUGAAUAUAACUGGAAUGCUACCUCCAACCGGAAACUUGAAGGUCAGUCCCAGUCUUCACACAUGCGAAGAGCGCUCUUAAUCAGUCAAUCAUGACAUAAACACGUGGGUUUGACCCUCAGACACGCGUGUCUGGGGGGGGGGGUGUCAAAUUUUGGCUUAAAAAAUAGGCAGUUUAUCUGAAGGUAGCGUUCCAGUUAUAUUCAUUUCAAUGAUUAAACAGCGCUUUUCUUUUCCCGUAUUUACUCCUAUUAUUUUGGCUGACAUUUCCCCCGCCAUUUCCGUGUACAUGUAAAAUAACCUGUUAAAGGGUUUCCAAAGCAUUUCCAGUCGCUCGUUGUGUAUUUUUCUUCUCUAUAACAUAGGCCUACUGUCAGUAUUCCUGUGAUAGACUGGGAAAACUUUGUAAAUUUCCAGCUCCAUUUGUGUACAUAGCAACGUAGCCGGCAGAAGCGGGCAACAUUGUCCACCUGUUGCACGGUGGGAUAAAUGCAUUGCAUUUUUCUACCUGACCACAAAUCAACCAAUCACGUAUUACGUUAAAGUAUAUAUUAACAACAUAAAUUAGUGAAUGCCAUAAUGUAUCUGAACUCUCAUUUCUUAGUCAUGAUGGCGAGUUAGUGAUAUCAGGUUCUGAAGAUCAUUAUGUUUACAUGUGGAGAGCUCAACACCGCAUUGCGUCAACUAGGAAAGAUAAAAAUGAUUUCUAUGAAAGUUUUUCAGGUAAGAUGUCAUCGAAUGACUAUUUAUAGACUAAUCUAGAAAACACGACGCAAACUGAAAGACGCGCCUUCGAAACAAAAAAAUUCUUCAUGCAAAACAAAAAGUUUGAAAAGUUUGUGGCCCCAGGGGUAUCUUCAACAACGUUGUCAUUCUCUAUACAACGUUAAACGUGAAUGCUUGUUGCGACGCUGGAGGAGUUACAUAAAAUCUGUCUCAUAGCAGAUGCCGGAUCGUUUUUCCCCAACUUAGCCAUUUGUAAGGUUAUUUUAAAAAGCUUCAAUUUAAUACAGUAAUCAAGUUCCUUAGCUCUCAAUUUUUGAGCUGAAAAGGAUGAUUUCAGCUAUCGACUAAUUUUUUUAUCUAGGCAAGAAAGACGAAAUAGCUCAAAAGAGCAUCCUAAAAUUAGUACAAAGUUUGGUUGCAAAGUUUGGUUGCGAAAUGUUGUAAAGUACGAAAAAUAUAGUCCUGCAUGUGAAAUUAUCAAAUUUUGAAUAUUUUAGUAUUACGCGCGGAAAAAUGCACCAAAAUUUGCUAAUUUCACAGGGCUAAUUUUCCGUAUUUUACAACAUCUUGCAACCAAAUUUGGCAAUUUUACUAAUUUUCGUAUAAGCUAUAAUGAUAGAUUUCGUCUUUCUUGUCUGGAUCAAAAUUUAGUCUAUAGCUGCGUCCUCGUGUUUGCCUCGUCGUCUAAAUCUGCCCAAGAUAAAAACAUUGUUCAUGGUUUUGUGAUUGUUUGUGUCAAUGUCAAGUCAAUCACAUUUAAUCAGUCUGGUCCAGUUCACAAUGACAAUGUUAAUACCUGCAUGUUUGCCUUUCAAUAGAAACGAUGGUAAUUGUCAUCAUUUCAGAAAUACAUAAACUUUACCCCCCGUUCUACACUAGCAAACGUGAAUCAAGCACUGCAAUUAUACUGUUGAUUUAUACAGUUUUUGAAUGUUUCUUGAUCGAGAGUUAUUGGUAAGGUAUUGCUCCUAGUCUUUCAUAAAUGUUUAUCCCAAUAAUAUUAAAUUACUCCUUGAAACAAUCAUUGCCAACUUGUCAAUUACCACAAAAAUUCAUGAAACAAGCAAUCUAUGAUUAAUUAGAAUGUAACCUAUUAGAGCUGAUUGACUGACUGAGAACCACAUAUCUUCCUUACUGGAAUGGCUUGUGGAAAUAUAUGUGGUGGUCGGCCCGCCCUCGUUGUCGGGGCUUCAUGUGGCUUCAACGUAGGCAGCCAAGAAGCCCUGGGAACGAGUAUGUGGUCGGCCUUGAAUUUCACUGAAAAACUCGUUUUCUAUCCUGUAUUUAAACAAGAUUCCAAUAUACCUGAAAGAUAUUUUUAAGAACGCAUUAUUUUACGUUCCAGCUCACAAUGCUGUCGUGACUGCCGCCAUCUUUGCUCCCUGUCCAUGGAAUGUCGUUCCAACCGAGUAUGACGACAACAGUACUGGGGGAACUGGACCCGAAGUUAUUGUCGCUGCUGAUUGGACAGGCAGCAUUAAAAUAUUCAUAAACAGAUACUCGAAUGAAAAAACAUAAAACGGCUACUUUAGAUAACUAAUAUCUGAAUAAAGUCAACUUGCAUAUGGUUUGGGAAGUCGGCAAACUUCAUCGUGCAUAAAACGUUUGAAGUCUUGCUUAUUAAGGAGGUUCAGAUUUGACUACCGCUGCCAUUGAUGGACUAUUAACCAAUCAGAUGCGUUUAAUAUAUAGAGAAUAAUACAUGGGUGCGCGGAAAUACCAGAUUUAUUUCGAGUGUUGAACAUGAUAUCAUGUUCAACACGAGAAAUAAAUCUGAUAUUUCCAAGCACCCAUGUAUUUUUCUGUUUAUUAUAUAAACAAAAUUCAGUGAAAAACAAUAAAACGUCCGUGGCAAUGCGUUUUACAACAAAUGAUAUUUUCACACGUAAAAAUAUCGUAUUUUUUACGUGUGUUCAAAUACGAUUUUUCUCAGUGGCCAAAAACUCUAUAUAACACUUAUGUUUAUAUAAUAAAUCGGAUUAACCAAUCAGAUGCGUUUGAUAUAUUGGAUGAACCAGUCAGAUGCGUACUAAGUCAGUGAGAGGUAGUGGAAGUCAAAUCUGAGCCUCUCUAAUAUUUCAACAGCACAGUUGAGGGAAAGGACCGUGCCCAAGUUUGCAUUAAAAAAGAUAGAAGGGCCAAUUUUCCAGACCAUAUCAGUGACCAUGUUCUAAACGUUCGUAUUUUGAUUCAUUUCAUGAACCGAAGAAUUUCUUGGGAGGAAUUUCUUUGCAAGAAAUUUUCCAACGGCUAUUCAACGUUGAUGAAUGAGAAAGGAACCAGAUAACGCAUCGUAUGCAGGCUGGUUCGGUUUGCUUUGCCGACAUGUUUUAGUUAGACCAUGGAUUGUAAAAUAACAUUAUUUACAAAAUACAUGGGCAAAAAAUAUGUAUUUAAUAAUUCUAUUACAAAAUAAAUAGACAUCACCUUCGUUGUGAGCGUUUUCCUCUCAAGAAACAUGCGGUUGCGCCAGAAUAUUUGCGAAAUUCCUUGGGGCGGAUAUAUGUGAUCAUUAUAGGUUGUCCAAAUAGAUCACAUAUUGUACUAAAACGUCACUGCAUAAUCUAGCUAAUCCAAAUAUAUUCCUUGAAAACUUAAUUAUCACCUGGGGCCGGUUGUUCAAAAGCCGAUUAGCUCAACCCUAGGUUAACCUAAAAUCCAAAGCAAACGUCCCAACAGCUUCGUUAUAAACUUGGAAAUAUUCCUUCAGAAAUCUUGUCUGGACCAAUAAGAGUUUUCUUCUGUGAAGUUUUAAAACAGAUGGAUGUGCAGAAAAUACAUAAACUAAAACAGUAGGUUAAAUUUUAACCCAGGAUUAGCGCUAAACCAGUUCUGAACAACCGGCCCUGGAACUGUAGUGUUCCAAACGCUAGGAGCUCUCACAUAAAAAAAAACUAUUCUAAUUAAGAUUUUGAAACUUUGUAUAAAUAUACCCGAAAAGCAUGGACCCACAAUAAAAAGUGAACAAAAUCACUAUCCGUUCAACCGACCCUGAUCAAUAAAGGGUCAGCAAAGAGCUCAAGAAUCCGUGCGGUAAGAACAAAAGUAGGGUCCAGGUGAGGUCAGCAUAUUCUCCAACGUCUAGAAUUCCUGCAACUCACGAUUGUAUUGAAACUUUCUCAGGGAAACGCGAAAAUUUACCGCUGUGAGUAUUUAUCCGAAUACAAUGAAAGAGAGCAAGCAAGCGUUUCAGCUUAGAUCAGUUAAAGGACACUAGGUUAAAGGACCCUCCCCAAUAAUUUCUGAAAACAUUUGAAGGAUAGCUGAAUAACUGUGUUAGGGGCUGUUUAUAUGGUCCAGGCCUAGAAAAUAUAUUUAUCUUCCUGGCAGCAAAAUUCAAAAAUUAAAAUUUCCUGUAUAAGUGAACUAUAAAACGUCGUUCCUAUGUAGAUUUCAGAGAACGUG